GCAGCGGAGGUCAAAGGUCGCCAGUAGCUAUGAUUCUCCACAGACCAGUCAAACAUGGAGGCUAUCUUCCACGAAAAACAAGAAGGCUCUCUGUGUGCUCAGCACUGCUUGAACAACCUGCUGCAGGGAGAAUACUUCACUCCUGUUGAUCUGUCAUCCAUCGCACAACAGCUGGAUGAAGAGGAGAGGAUGAGGAUGGCUGAAGGUGGUUUGCUGAGUGAAGAGUACAGGACUUUUCUACAGCAACCUUCUGGAAACAUGGACGACAGUGGCUUCUUUUCAAUUCAAGUGAUAAGUAACGCUCUAAGUGUUUGGGGUUUGGAGUUGAUCCUCUUCAACAGCCGCGAGUACCAGCGACUAAUGAUAGACCCAAUAAAUGAAAAAGCCUUUAUAUGUAACUACAAAGAGCAUUGGUUUACAGUACGAAAACUGGGACAUCAGUGGUUUAAUUUGAACUCGUUGUUAACGGGACCAGAGCUGAUAUCAGAUACUUACCUUGCACUUUUCCUAGCACAAUUACAGCAAGAAGGCUAUUCCAUUUUUGUGAUUCGAGGGAAUUUGCCUGAAUGUGAAGCAGACCAACUUUUGCAGAUAAUGAGGGUGGAACAACAGCAUCGACCAAAACUCAUAGGAGAGGAUGAGGCGCAGACAAGCGGGCAGAGGCCCACUGUUCAGCAUGCAGUGGAGACACAACAUGGUAUGGAACAGCGUGUCGUAGAUGAGGAUGAUGAAGAGCUGAGAAAAGCAUUGGCUCUUAGCAGACAGGACAUAGAAGUGGAGGAUGAGGAGGCUGAUCUGCGCAGAGCCAUACAGCUCAGUAUGCAGGGAGCUUCCGGGAGCAGUAACCCUAUAGUUCCCAAAGAGGAAAGUGCUGCAGUAGCUCCAGGUUCCACAGAAAGCACUACAGGUGGCCAGACAGAAAGCCUAACAGCAGAGGAGCUCCGCAGGAGAAGACAAGCCUAUUUUGACAGGCAGUCCCAGCAACAAUCUCAAUCCACCUCUCCACAACAGGGCACAAAAACAGCUGGUGGAGAACAGGACACUGGUAGUAAGCGCAGCCAGUGAACACAGUGGCUAUGGGGAUCUAUUUCCAGAGCGUGCGCUCUCAACCAACUACUAGCUGCCCGUCCAUCUGUUUUAAAGCGCAGCCUCUUUCCUCUAUGAACGGCUUCAGAUUGUGAAUGACAAGAAGGAGCAGAUGGCCAUUCACAGUUAACACACUGCUCUGUGGGUCCACUCAUUGAGAGUAUCACAUGGACAGAACGAAUUUUCACAUGUGGAAAAUAAGCCCAUUUCUUUCCAGCUGUUACUUUACAAUUAUGAUUUGGGGGGCUGAGCAGCCCAGUAUAGUUCUUUCAUGCUUAAGUAUGGUAUAGCAUUUUUAUCACAGCAUCUCUAAAUGUAGUAAUAUAAUUUAAUAUAACUCAAAUAUUAUUUGUAUUAGAACUCCCAUAACACUGAUCCAUCAUAGUUCUUCAGACUCAUGGAGGAGCAGGUGUGGCCACUGGAUUAAUCUGGUGAAUGAAAAGGUAUAACAUGAACCUGGGGGGAAAUGGGUAGGAAACUAAAGCCUUUCUUUAGGGUGCGGGAGCUACGCUGGACCACUAGACUUGUUUGUAUUUACUGGCUGGACCACAUCUGGUCUUAGCAGCUUUUUCGGGGGGGGGGCGCCAGGCAUAACUUAAGGGACCUUUUCUGUAUAAAUGCUGACGAACUACCUGUCUUAUGUUUUUGAUCGUGUUCAAGAGGAGUUGAAGCUCUUUUCUCAGUAAUGCACAUUUCAUUGUUUUGGGUUCAGUGAAAGGUAUAGUUUGAGCUUUUUAAACUAUGUCUGAACUUUUAUGAAAGAGUUAACAAGUCAGAUUAUGUAUACACCUGAAGUUGAACUAUGGCCUUCCAAAAAUAAUGCUUCGUGUCUACAGGAAGGGACGGUGUGUGUACUGUAUGGACAUGCAAUUCUCAGUAAUGUAACAGAUACUGCUGUUCAUUCCUCAACAGCCUUUUGUCAGUCU